AUGGAACAUCCGAAUAAUGUCACAGAAUUUGUUUUCAUGGGGCUUUGGGGAAAUAAGGGAAUCGAACUACUCUUCUUUUUCCUCUUCCUGCUUUGCUACCUGGCAGUCUUAAUGGGGAACUUCGUCAUUUUACUCACCAUCACCUGCAGUCACCUCAUCGAGCAGCCCAUGUACUACUUUCUGUGCCACCUUUCCCUCAUGGACCUGUGCUACACCUCCACUGUGGUUCCCCGGCUUAUCAGGGACUUGGCAGCAGCAAGAAAAACCAUUUCCUAUAACAGCUGCAUGACCCAGCUCUUCACAGCCCACUUGCUGGCAGGGGUGGAAACAUUCAUCUUGGUGUCCAUGGCUUUGGACCGCUAUGUGGCCAUUGUCAAGCCACUGCACUACAUGGUCAUCAUGAACCGGAAGAAGUGUAACCUGCUGGUUGUGGUGGCCUGGGGGGUGGGUUUUUGGCACUCUAUUGCUCUGUUGCUCAUGGUACUCAGGCUGCCUUUCUGUGGCCCUAAUCAGAUAGAUCACUACAUAUGUGAUGUGAAGCCUCUUUUGAAAUUGGUCUGCAAAGAUAUUCACAUUGUGAGUAUCUUAGUGAUUGCCAAUUCAGGGAUGGUGGUAGUUGUGAUUUUUCUUGUUCUAGUAGCUUCUUAUAUAAUGAUUUUAUAUAACCUUAGGACAAGGUCAUCUGCAGGGCGUCGCAAAGCUCUCUCAACCUGUAGCUCUCAUGUAAUGGUAGUCGUUCUGUUUUUUGUGCCCUGUAUUUACACCUAUGUGCUACCUGCAGGUAGUGAGAACAAGGACAAGGAAAUCUCUGUGUUUUACACUGUGGUUGCCCCUAUGCUGAAUCCUCUCAUCUAUACACUCAGAAAUUUGGAGAUGAAAAUUGCCAUGCAGAAGGUAUGCUAUCAUUUGAGAGUCAUAGAUCCUAUGAGUGGAAUUGUUCCUGAAGUACUGAUUUCUCUUUUUAUUUAA